AUGAGUGCCUCGAAGGCGCAGUCUCAAAAGAUCUUUGAGAAACUCAAGCUGAAGCCCGCAAACAAGGUAUGCUUUGAUUGCGGUUCUAAGAAUCCGACCUGGUCGUCGGUUCCCUUUGGAAUCUACCUCUGUCUGGAUUGCUCGUCCAACCACCGCAAUCUCGGUGUCCACAUCUCCUUUGUCCGCUCCACAAAUCUCGACCAAUGGCAAUGGGAACAGCUGCGGGUGAUGAAGGUCGGUGGAAACGAAUCCGCCACCAAGUAUUUCCAAUCGCACGGAGGAUCUGCCGCGCUCGCGAGCAAGGAUUCCAAGGUCAAAUACACGAGCAAUGCGGCUGUCAAGUAUAAGGAAGAACUCAAGAAGCGGGCCGCGGUGGAUGCACAACAAUAUCCCGAGGAAGUUGUCAUCACGGAUGUCCCUGCUGGCACCCCGUCGGAUGGUUCUAAUACCCCUGCUGGGGAUCAAGACGAUGACUUCUUCUCUUCCUGGGACAAGCCCUCGAUCAAGCGCCCCAGCAACCCCCCGUCUCGCACCGGCACGCCGCCUGUCGUGAACCGCACUGGCUCUCCAUUCUUGAAUGCCGGCACCAACGGGUCUCGAUCCAAAUCGCCUCUGUCUGCCUCCGAAGACAAGAGCUCGUCUCCCGCGCCGACCGCCAUCCGACCAAGCUCUUCUACUCGAAAGACCUCCACGACCACCGCUGCGAAGAAGGGCAGUGUGCUUGGGGCGAAGAAGGCACCGAAGCUUGGGGCCAAGAAGGUUGCGGCGGCAGAUGUGAUUGAUUUCGACGAGGCCGAGCGAAAGGCCAAGGAAGAGGCUGAGCGCAUCGAGAAGCUUGGAUACGACCCUGAGGCUGAGCAGGCCGAAGCCGACUCCAAGGCCAAGGCCAAGACGGCGUCUUCCGCCACACCAAUCACUUCACCCACCCCGAUCAGCCCCAACCGGGGAGGUUUCGGGGCCACCAGCAAGCCAAGCGAACGGAGUGCCAGCGACGUGGAGCGAUUGGGUAUGGGAAUGGGCCGGCUUGGAUUCGGCCAGGUGUCCAAGCCCGCAGCGGCCCCGAAAAAGGCAGGCUUUGGUGCUGUUGGCCCUGCCAGGUCCGCUGCCGAUGAUGAGGAACUUAGCCAGACCAAAUCCCGAUUCGGCACCCAAAAAGGUAUCUCCUCGGACGAAUUCUUCGGGCGAGAGCGGUUCGACUCCAACGCCCAGGCGGAGGCUAAGGAACGACUCCGGAACUUCGAUGGAGCUACCUCGAUCUCCAGCAACAGUUACUUCGGCCGGCCCGAGGAUGAGCUCCCCCAGAUUGAUGACGGCUACGGGGAUAUCGAGGCCGCAGCCAAGGACUUUGUUCGCCGCUUUGGCAUUACCGCUGGAGAUGAUAUCGAGAACCUGUCUCAUCUUGUUGGUGAGGGCGCGACCAAGUUACAGGGUGCUAUUCGUAACUAUCUGAACAGCUGA